GUAGGUUUCCACACACACACAUAUACAUCAAUGGCUUCCUCGAGCAAUGAGAACAGUACUAGUUCUCAAAAAGAGAAGUACCCAUACCCGACGGAGUACUUUAAUGUGCUGGACUUCGUCCCCAAAUUGUUGUCUGAAGGAAACUAUGAAAAUUGGAAGUUACUGAUGCGGGACUUCAUCCGCAUGCAAGGUUUGAUUGGUUUCAUCGAAGGCGCAGAUGUGGAGGAAAGCAACCGAGACGAGGCGUGGAACAAAUCAAACAACCUUGUACGAGGAUGGAUACUGGCAACCCUUAGCGAAGAUAUCCGCCUACGAGUGCUGAGCUCAGAAUCUGCUAAAGGUUUGUGGAUGAGAUUGGAGGAAAUAUUUGAUGCGACCAGAUCACUAAUACAGCAACUUGAUGAAGAAACGGAGUAUAGGCAAGGCCACUAUCUAGACUUGCAGAAAGCUGCAAUCAACGGGGAUUGGGACAAAGCCAAGGGAGUUAUAGAACGCGAACCAAAUGCCGUUAGGACUCCCAUCACGCCUUCCUUAAAAACAGCGCUUACUCUCGCCGUCACGUCAGGGUCGGCGGGGAGAAAUCAUUUUAUGAGGGAGCUUUUGGAGAAGAUGACACCACAGGAUCUGAAAGAUCUAGUCGACGACUGGGGCAAGACAGCCCUUCACCACGCUGCAGUCGUUGACAACAUGGAAGGAGCCAAAAUGUUAGUCAACAAAAACCCGGAUCUUCCUAAUGUUUUGGACAAUUUUGGACAAACACCGCUCCAUGACGCUGCCUAUUAUGGGCAUAGGGAGAUGGUUCUUUACAUGAUGGGACUCACUACAGAUGACAUUCUAUUGGAGGAUCACAACGUGGGUGCUUUACUUCUGUGUGUUCUUAUCGGUACUGAACUUUAUGACAUAGCUUUAACUUGGCUUCGGCGAAAACCUGAGAUUGCAAUCAUUGCAUGCUUGGAAGUCACUCAUUCUGGUGCUCCUUUUGAUAUACUUGCAGAAAAGCAUUCUUCAUUCCAGAGUGGAAAUUUGUUUAACUUUUGGCAAAGUUUAAUCUAUUUGGGAGUUCCAUUGAAAUUACAAGGCACGGCAAACGAUCAUAUUGACGGAGGAAGAAGAGGAGACAUUGAGAACUACAUUGAAAAUCUAGCCAAUUGUUGCAUCUCUGUGAGGCAAAGAUUGCAUUUUAUGAUUUGGGAAGUCGCAGAAAAACUUGUGCCACAUGUCAAACGCAUCCGAGAAAGAAAAGAGAGACAACAUCAUGCACUAGAGCUUGUCAAAUUCCUCUGCAAGGAAGUCGCAAAAUCAAGUCUCUCAAAGGUGGAAAGGAUAUUUAAGCCAACAUUGCGCAAAGCGGCACGUGUUGGGAUACCUGAAAUUAUUGAAGAGAUUGUAUUGUCAUACCCUUCGGCGAUAUAUUUUACGGAUCUAGACAACCUAAACAUCCUCAAAUAUGCAAUUUUGUAUCGUCGUGAACGUGUGUUCAACCUCAUAUAUCAAAUUGGUGGUGGUUGGAGAUAUAUGUCUGGAAGGGACAAUUUGUUGAACAAUUGUCUGCAUUUGGCUGCACGUCUGAGACAUGAGCAACAAAUCAAUCUCAAAGCUAGUGUUGCUGGUGCAGCUUUGCAGAUGCAGCGAGAAGUGCAAUGGUUUAAGGAAGUAGAAAAAUUUUCACAACCUGGUGACAAAGAAAAAAGGAAUGCCGAUGGAAUGACACCUAUAGAAGUAUUUUCUGAAACGCACCAAGAUUUGGCAAAGGAGGGUGAGCGAUGGAUGAAAGAUACAGCCACAUCAUGCACCAUAGUUGCUGCCCUUAUUGCCACUAUGGUUUUUGCAGCUGCCGUUACAGUACCAGGUGGAAACGACGAUCAUAACGGCCAGCCGAUACUUUCGAAACAAAAAGCCUUCAUAAUUUUUGGCAUGUCAGAUGCACUGGCUCUAUUCUCAUCCAUCACUUCUGUGUUAACGUUCUUGCUUAUCCUGACUUCUCGUUACGCAAAGGAAGAUUUCCUAUAUACCUUACCCAAGAGGUUGAUUCUUGGUCUCAUAACCCUAUAUGUCUCCAUCUUAUCCACGAUGGUAGCCUUUGGUGCUAUAUUAUAUCUCACGUUUGGAGAUAAUAAGGAAUGGAUUCUUAUCCCUAUUGUUGCAUCGGCUAGUAUUCCGGUCACCUUGUUCGGAGUGUUGCAAUUUCCUCUCCUUGUAGAGAUGAUCCAAUCCACAUAUGGUCGAGGCAUUUUCGGCAAGCAAAGUAAUCGUGUGCUCCGAUAGGUUAAAUAUCAAAAGUUGAGAGUAUUGCAAACGUACUUGAGGCUAUUUGAUUUUAUUUCACUAUAUAUGAGUUGCUUUCUGAUGUUGUGUGCCGCAGUGAGUAGGUAUCUUUCUUUGCUUCUUAAUAAGUAUCUACCACUGGAUUUAUAUGUACAUCUUUCAGUCCUUACCACCGGGCAUAGAAAACUAAUCUUCGCCAAGUAACGAUUUAAGACUUCUCC